AAUCAAAACAAUUUUGGAUUAUCGGUCGGUUACGGAUUCACGGGUUUAAUAAACGAUGUGGGCGAAACAAACUAAAAAAUCCUCAUAAUUGACUGAACUGCACACUGAAAUACAGAGCUUUAACUUAAUUUGAAAUGUUUAUAGUGUUCAAGUAACAAUGGAGAAAUUUAAUAGUGUAUUGUUAUUAAUUUCAUUGUGUGCGUUAUUGUGGGGUGUGGCCGGACAGUAUGAAUGGCAAAUACGGGAUUCUGUUGAUGAGAUUCGGGGUAAAAUGGACAAGAUUUCAGCUGAUAACUGCUACAUAAGUCAUCUAGACGAUCUCUUUUUACCAGAAGACUCAGUCUCUCACCAUCCCGAUGUGAAAGAAAUAAACAUCAACCCAGUGUUUCCGAACCGAACAGCUAUGUUACAUUUACACAACAUGGCUAUGACUAGAGCGUUUUUCUGGAGUUAUAUCCUGCAGUCGAGGUUUAUAAGACCGGCUAUAAACGAUACAUACGACCCAGGUAUGAUGUAUUAUUUCCUAUCAUCAGUAGCUGAUGUUUCUGCGAACCCAUUAAUUAACGCCAGUUCGCUAUAUUUUUCGCCCAACACAUCGUAUACAUCGUCUUACCGAGGCUUCUUCAACAAGACUUUGCCGCGAUUCGCACCAAGAGCUUUGAGAGCAGAUGAUUUUAACGAUCCAGUCCAUUUACAAAAGAUAUCAACACUGAACACAUUCCAUGUGGAAGAUUUGGGAGCUUACGACCCUGACAGCUGGUCUAAAGACUAUACGUCUGAUUUCUAUCGCAUAAAUGAGUGGUAUUCACUGUGGUUGCCUGACAAAGUGGAUAAGAGACACGACACCAAAACAACAUAUCAAGUGGAAAUCAGAUAUGCAAAUAACACUAACGAAACAUUCACUUUCCAUGGACCACCUGGAAAUGAUGAGACACCUGGUCCAGUAAACUGGACGAAGCCCUACUUUGACUGCGGCAGACUGAACAAGUGGCUUGUGGCAGCCGUGUCACCAGUUGCUGACAUCUUUCCUAGACACACACAGUUUAGACAUAUUGAAUAUCCAACAUACACAGCCGCAGUGGUGAUGGAGAUGGACUAUGACAGGAUAGAUAUAAACCAGUGCCCACCCAGCGAGGGUAACGACAAACCCAACAGAUUCGCGUCCACCGCCCGGUGUAAGGAGGAGACUACUGAGUGUGAACCAAUUCACGGUUGGGGCUUCCGUCGAGGUGGUUACCAAUGCCGCUGCCGGCCGGGCUUCCGCCUGCCCAGCAUCGUGCGCAGGCCUUACCUGGGAGAGAUCAUUGAGCGAGCCACCGCCGACCAGUACUAUAACAACUUUGACUGCUCCAAGAUUGGAUGGAUCCAACGUCUACCUGUGCAGUGGGAGAAAGCCCACCCGUUCGUGCGCGCGAUCUACGCAGAUCGCUACUACGAGUAUGUGAACUCCACCAGCGGACCUGCAGCACUUCACACUGAGCGAGUUAACGUUUACGAAGUGCUCAACUUUAUCCGAGGCGUGCAGCCGCACAACUGCUCUGAAUACAACCCGACGGACUUGUUCCUGAACGGCGACAUCGCUUACGGCGCGGAGGAGCAGUUUGAGAACCAAGCCAAAAUGGCGGUGCGACUCGCCAACUUUAUCAGUGCCUUCUUGCAAGUGUCAGACCCCCAAGAAGUGUUCAGUGGAACGCGCGUGGCGGACAAACCCCUCACUGAAGACCAGAUGCUGGGAGAAACGCUCGCCUUAGUUCUCGGGGAUUCCAAGGUUUGGUCCGCAGGUACAUACUGGGACAGAAAUAAAUUUACAAAUCGCACGUUCUUCGCUCCAUUCGCUUACAAGACUGAGUUGAAUACAAGAAAGUUUAAACUAGAGGAUAUGGCCCGAAUUAAUAAGACUGAUGAAGCCUACACAAACAAACCAUGGUUCCAAUUCCUCAAACAAAGAUGGUCGACAAACUUUGAUAGUCUUGAAAAAUUUUUCCUCAAAAUGAAAAUUCGUGACAGUGAACUGGGAAAAUAUCUGAAGCAUUACGAAAGAUUCCCAACUUUCUACAGAGCAGCCAACUUGAAAAAUGGCCACUGGACUCAGCCGUAUUACGAUUGUAAGGGACCUUUGAAACAGUGGGUGAUCACUUAUGCUUCACCGUUCUUUGGAUGGGAUAACGUUAAAGUCAAAUUGGAGUUCAAGGGAGUGGUAGCAGUGACGAUGUCGCUGAUGCAGCUCGACGUGAACCAAUGUCCGGACAAGUACUACAUACCCAACGCUUUCAAAAGUACCGACAAAUGUGAUAAGGGCUCUUCGUAUUGCGUUCCAAUUCAAGGUCGCGGGUUCGAUUCCGGCGGCUACAAGUGCGAAUGCCUCCAAGGCUACGAGUAUCCCUUCGAGGACCUCAUCACGUACUACGACGGUCAGAUCGUUGAAGCAGAGUUCCAGAACAUUAUAGAAAACAAGGAGACGCGCAUAGACAUGUUCAAGUGUAGGCUCGCAGGCGCUGCGGCUAUGCAGAGCAGUGUGGUUAUAUUACUGGCAGUGUUAAUGUUUCUGUGGAAAUUCCGGUAAUUUGUAUUAAAAUGUGCGUAUAGAACAAUAAUGCUAAAAAUACGCCCUUCCGGCAUCAGUUUUCCUCGCCACUUUUAAAUAUGGGUACCUUUAAGUCAAGACUGAAUAGGCAUCUUCUAGGCAAGCGCGCUACAUCUUAGGCGGCAUCAUCACUUGCCAGUAGGUCUGAUUGCAGCCAAGCUAUAGUCAGUAAAUUAACAAAAAAUACUGGUAAAAUGCGACUCGACUCAUCUAAAAUCACAUUACAAA